CUCUACAAUACCUUUCUGUUAUGCUGACACAGUAUCUUGUUUCUGUUUCACAAUAUUUUAGUAGAACGACAAUAUGUACUGAAAUUAACAUGAAUAUCAAUAAUGGCGGCCUUAUUAUACUGCAUAUACUCAGCACUAUUUAAUAAAAUAACAGAAACGACAUCAAAUAAACGGUCAAGUAAAAAGAAUAUAAAGCUACCUAAAACACCUCAUCUUGUACUAACAGCUGAAGAUAUUAACGAUCGUGAAAUAUUUAUUAUUGGUGAUGUUCAUGGAUGUCUCGAUGAACUUAAUGAACUUUUACACCUCGCAAAAAGUGAAUUAAAAGGUAAAACUCUUCUGCCAAUAUUUGUGGGUGAUUUAGCAAACAAGGGACCACAUAACCUGUUAACAAUCAGACGAAUUCGUGAGAUGAACGGUUAUGCUGUCAGAGGUAACCAUGACGAAGCUGUGUUAAAACAAUGUUUGAGUCGACAGGAACGUGCGGAUUACAUUGUUCCAGAUAAAUACAAAUGGACUACAGAGCUUGUAGCAGACGACAUCCGGUUCCUACAGGAACUGCCAUAUACUAUACAUAUACCUUCUAAGAAUUCAGUUAUCGUUCAUGGCGGUUUUGUCCCAGGGACACCACUAGAAGAACAGGAUUAUACAAAUUUUAUUACUAUGAGGAGCUUAUUUAAGGACGGUGAAACAUUAACAGCAUCAGCUAGUCGGCUUAUAGGUAAACCGUGGGCAUCGCUGUGGGAAGGCCCAGAACAUGUAUAUUUUGGACACGACGCUGCACGAAAACUGCAGCAAUAUUCCUACGCCACCGGACUUGACUCCGGAUGUUUAUACGGAAACUGGUUGACAGGCAUAUUCCUGGAUAGUCAGAGGAUGAUGCAUGUAAAGUCUAAAAAGGUUUACGUAACUCCUGAAUAGAAAUCAGAAAAAAAUUUGUUAAAGAAAUGUCUUACUGAUAUGCUCAUCAUUGAUUCGAUGGUGUGUUGUUACAAGUUAUCACUUUUACAUGUUUAACAAUAUAGAAAAAUCUUGAAAUGUUGUGAUUAUCAAUACUAACAUUUUGUUUUAAUAAACGGUGAAAAUUAAAAUCACAAACAUACUGAAAUCCGAGGAAAAUUAAACACAGAAAGUCCAUAAUCAAAGGGCAAUUCAGAAGCCAUUACACAUAACACAAAUGGAUAACAAUUGCCAUUAUCCUGACUUGGUAUGUAUUAUAAGCCUUUGUACCUUUGAAAGCUAUUAUUGGUGUGCUUUUCUGUCCUGUGUGUUCUCCCAUUUAUUUGUAUUGAAG